AUGCCACGGAAGAGAAGUAGCAAAAAGAGGAAAACAAACAAGAAGUCUUUACGACAAGCAAUCCAUGUCCCUUUUGAUCUAACGGUCGAGAUACUCUCGAGACUACCUGUGAAAACACUUGCGAGGUUUCGAUGUGUGUCAAAACUAUGGUCAUCUAGUAUCAUUACCGAGUCGAUCAAAACUAGGUAUUUGACUCAGCCACGUCAGCUCGUCAUUUUCUACAACUCUUCAUAUAUGUCCUCGUAUACUUAUCCUCUUAACACUAACACAAGAUUCGUAGCCGCGGACCGAGGUAGUUGUACACUAUUGCAAUUCUGCAACUACUUCAAUGGAUAUGUCCGAGGAUUAAUCUGUUAUAACUCAAACUCUAAGCAGUUUGCGAUAUACAACCCUACCACGCGACAAAACGUUUUGUUGCCGCCCAUAUUCGGAUACCAUAAAGAAAACAAAGACUUUGAUGGAUUCUCUUGGUAUGAUUCAGUUAAGAACGAAUACGUGGUAGAGAGCAAGUACCUCCAUGGAUUCUUUGGAUAUGAUCCAGUGAAGAAUCAAUACAAAGUCUUGCAAUUUGUUGAAGGGGCGAGAAUUUGCGAUUAUUUUUGUAAGGUUAUAACAUUUCAAGGUGGUCCAAAUAAACAAGAAUGGAGAAAGAUUGAAAUACAAGAGGAUAUCUCUCCACCGAGAAGUAAUGGUGUGUGCAUAGAUGGGAUCAUCUAUUACAUAGGAGGGAAUUUGCCAACUAGUGGAUUAGUAUUAGGGAGGUUCGACGUUAGGUUUGAAAGAUUUGAUCAUAUCCAGAUGCCCAUAAAUGUGGAUAUGAACCAGUUGGAGAAGUUGAGUUUGGUAAACUACCAAGGGAAACUAGGAUGCACGUUUUACAGCAAAGAUAGAGCAGAGGUGUGGAUUAUGAAGGAACAUGAAUGGUCUAAGGUUACUAUUGCCAUGUCUCUUCCUGAUAUGUCAAAGACUCGUAUAGCUGGUGUGACUCUUAAGGGUGAGAUUGUGAUAAUGCCCAAGACGUUGGAUUCUGCUCAAAUGUUAUACGCAUACUUUUACGACCCCAAGGAAAACAAGACUAGAAGAGUUGAGUUUGAAACCAACUUGAAAGGGGAACUAGGACUUUGUAUCUUAAGUGAGCCGGAUCACAUGGAGAAUACUAUGUCCUUGUGCGGGAGCCAAUUUAACAAGAAGAGGAAGAAGAAGAAGAAGAAGAAAUCAGCAACCACCACUGUUUUCUCCUCUAACAAAAUAUUCGUGUGGCCCAAGAAACUCUUAGUGAUAGGUUUUUUAUGUGCUGCUCUCGUUCUGGCUACGAUAUUUCGAACAUGGGUUAAAUCUUUGUUGGACUCGUUCCAUUAG